UAAAAAUACUUUGCAUAAAACAUCCGAUGAGGCAAAACUCUUCCUUGCAUUCAAGGCUGCUCUGUCUGUGUUCCUGCUCUGAGGAAGCUCUGCCCCCCUCACCUGCCCUACCUGUGAAAAACCAGACAAACAGGUUGUUUCUCUGCCCUGAAGAGACGCUCACUCUGACAGAGAGAGCUCCGGACCAAAACCAGCACUACUUCCACCUAGAGAGGACAGCAGGGGAGUACUGGUUCCACUGGGAUACUGGGAAUACUUCCACUUUAACCAGGUACUGAAUCCACCAACUGAAGCAGACUUUAAAAGAACUCAGAACCAAAGAGAAAGGAACUUUCAGGGACAGGGAGUGGCUUCCUGUUUGUCUGCAGCGUCUCCAGCUUCUCUCCAGACAAAAUGGCGUCCAAGUUAGAGGAGGAUCUGAGCUGUCCGGUCUGCCUGGACAUCUUUAAAGAUCCCGUCAUCCUGUCCUGCAGCCACAGCUUCUGUAGAGAGUGUGUGGAGAAGAGCUGGAAGGAGAAGGAGGACAAGGAGUGUCCCAUCUGUAAGAGGAGACACUCAAAGGGAUCAUUACCUCCUAACUUUGCUUUAAAGAAUCUGUGUGAGACUUUUCUGCAGGAGAGAAAACGGAGAGCUUCAGAGGAUCUCUGCAGUCUACAUCAGGAGAAGCACAAACUCUUCUGUCUGGACCAUCAGGAGCCGGUGUGUCUUGUCUGCAGAGAUUCAGAAAAACACACUGAGCACCGAUUCAGACCCAUCGAUGAAGCUGUUCAACAACACAAGAAGAACCUUGAGGAAACUCUGCAGCCCUUAAAGAAGAAGUUAGAGGCUCUUAAAGAUGUUAAAAUGCAGUUUGAUCAAACAGAAGCUCACAUGGAGGUCCAGGCCCGACACACAGAGAGGCAGAUUAAGGAGCAGUUCAAGAAGCUUCAUCAGUUUCUAGCAGAGGAAGAGGCGGCCAGGCUGCGUGCACUGAGGGAGGAAGAGGAGCAGAAGAGACAGAGGAUGAAGGAUCAGAUGGAGGCUCUGAGAGCACAGAUAGCAGAUCUUUCACAGACAGUCAGAGCCACAGAGGACCAGCUGACGGCCCAAGACGUCUCCUUCCUGAAAAACUACAAGGCUGCAGUGGAGAGAGUCCAGCAGCGCCCCCUGCUGGAGGAGCCACAGCUGCCCUCAGGAGCUCUGAUAGACCAGGCCAACUACCUGGGCAACCUGGGCUUCAAGAUCUGGAACAAGAUGAAGGACAUGGUCUUCUACAUGCCCGUCAUUCUAGACCCAAACACUGCUGGAUUAAAAGUAAUCCUCUCUGAUGAUCUGACAGCUGUGAGAGGAGGAGGAGAGGAGCAGCAGCUUCCUGUUAAUCCAGAGAGGAUUGGUAACUGCUCUGUCCUGGGCUCUGAAGGCUUUAACUCAGGGAGUCACAGCUGGGAUGUCCAGGUCAGACCCAGUACAUACUGGUUCCUGGGAGUGUUUCCAGAGUCUGCUGAGAGGAAGGGAUACAAAUGGUCUAGAGUUUGGGCAGUAGCGUUCUAUGGUGGUAAAUACCACAGACUCUCACCAUCACAUCCAGUCAGUGUUCUCUCAGUUCAGACAGAACCAACGAGGAUCCGAGUGAAUCUGGACUGUAACAGAGGAGAGCUGUCGUUCUCUGAUCCUGAAACUAACACACUCAUACACUCCUUCACACACACUUUCACUGACAGGAUGCUUCCAGUUUUUUUUAGUGGGUGUUGUUCCUCACUGCAUAUUCUCCCAGAGAAGAUCUCUGUGAGCGUGGAACCAAACUAAACAAACAUGAUGUUAUGAUGGCAUUUGAUCCAGUCACUUCUGAUAUUUGACUACAGAAACUUUCCUUUCAUGGUUUACAGUCAACAAAUCUAUGAUGGAUCUAUGAUGGACAUGUUUACUAAGCCACAAACAGAAAAGCUCACAAUUGCUGUGUUGUAAUUGUAGGCUGUUAGAUUUCAUGCUGCUCAUUUUUUCCAACAAGUUUGUGGCAAAUUCAUGACACUUGAUUGAAGAGAAGAAGUCACUGGGGUUGAUCUGGGGGGAUUGAUCCAUUGAUCACCUGUAGAGAACAGGUAGCGGCUAUUAUUUGACUUUUCAUGGAUGAUUUCUGAGAUGUGCUGCUGUCUCAGCACUUUCAUUUCUUUAUUGUAGCUGCUAAGUGUAUGUUUGUAGACUUCUGAAUGGAUCUGAACUUUGUUCUUUGGCCGUUGAUGUUCAGCCUUUCUCUAAGAUCUUUUUAGCAUCCUCAGCCUUUCCCCAUUUC